GGUUUUGCUUUCCGGCUCGGUUUCGCAGCACGUGACUGGGAUCAGACGAAGUAUUUUUCACAAUGCCUGGAAUCAACCUUCGGGGCUGAUGAAGUGCCACAUGUUUUCCUUUGCCACCCAUGUGCCACAUCAUGCAACGUCAACAUUGGCUAGCUCUGAACAGUCACAGAAUGCACUUGCGCAUAGCAAGGAUGUAUUGUUCUCCGGCCUCCAAGAGGCCGCCUGAAGCAACUACAGCAGCAGAAAUGGCUACAAAUGUUCUUCACCGCCUGUCAGAAGCUGGCAAGGUUUUGGGAAGAAACUCCCUUCAGAAAACCUCUGCAGUGGCCCGAAGCUGGUGGGACAAAUAUGAGGAAUUUGUUGGACUCAAUGAAGUUCGAGAGGCCCAGGGAAAUGUGACGGAAGCUGAAAAAAGGUUUAUGGUCGCUCGAGGCGUAGUACGGGAGGCACGUGAAAACUGGGAGGCCCAGCAGCUGAAACUGAAGGAGAUUCGGGACCGUCUGGACCGAGUCUCACGUGAUGAUGUUCAGUACCUGGAACUAGCAACAUUGGAGCACAAGCUACUCCAGGAGGAGAAGAGGCACCGAAUGGCCUAUCUGACUGCUGAGGAAUCUGAGCGGGAAACUUUCUCUCUCUUCUCAGCUGCUGUGAGGGAAAGCCACGAAAAAGAGCGAACACGAGCCGAGAAGACCAAGAACUGGUCCAUUAUUGGCUCAGUGCUGGGGGCCAUUAUUGGAGUCCUGGGCUCCACGUAUAUCAACCGCGUUAGGUUGCAGGAGUUAAAAGCCUUAAUUUUUGAAGCGCAGAAGGGACCAACAAGCCUUCAGGAAGCCAUCAGAGAGCAGGCUUCCACCUAUAACUCCCAGCAGAGGGACCUGAGCGACCUUAUUGCCAACCUGAAGAACAUCCUCCAGUUUGUGACUGUGAACUCUCCAGAAGUAGAAGGGGUUUCCACAGCCAAAGGCAACAUGAACGCCUCCCUAAAAAUAGACCCCCUCUUAGUUUCAGUUAAGGAGCAGCUGAGCUACUCUAAACAAAUAAGCUCAUUCCUUGGAAGCUUGCAGCAGCAGCUCAGCAAUCUGGAAAAAAGUUUAGGGGAAGUGGCCACUGAGGUCCAGAACGUGAAGAGCUUGCCUCAUCCCGCACCCAGGGAGAAGCUGCUGCAUGGCUCUCCCGCAGAGGGGAGCAGCCGGGCGUUUGAGACGGAGGAUGUGGUCCUAGAACUGUGCAACACGGAAAGGAGACUGGAAGCGCAAAUGAAGAGGGCCUCGAUCUACAGCACAGCGUUCACCUGCACCUUGUUUGCGGUCACACUUCCUGUGCUCUAUGCGCUGCUCAGGGGUAAUUAGCCGACAGCUUGGUGGGACAUAACUUCCUAGAAAAGUCAAAUGACAUUCCUUGAGCAUGGAGGACUCUCCAUCUCAGAUUCAAAGGCAUUUUUGUGAAAUCACAGCAGUGGUUGAAGGUGUGUGCAAAUGUAUCACCGUAAAAGUAAAUUCUAUGUGUCCUCCAGA